GGCUGUAAAGCGCCUAAACAGUGCGCGCUAACAGACCCGCGGAAACAUCCCGUUUAGAAGCACCAUUCCUGACCAACCAGAAUCAGGCUGAUCCGUGCUACAAUCGGUCAUGUGGCGAACUGCAGGACAUCAUCAAUCCAAGUCUCUCUUAAAGUCUUGUUAUCUGGAGCAGUGAAUGUCGGAAAUGUCUACAUUAAGUGAUUCUGGCUUUGAAGAAGACCUUCAGACUUCUCCAGUAAAUCAGUGGGCAGUGGAUUCAAGCAUCAGACUCACAUCGGAUUGGCAUGAGGCUGAAUUUAAAGAAAGCUGCUUCCUUAUCCAGAGACAGAAUGAGCUGCAGUUUCUGGUGCAUAACUGCCUGGCCAAUCAACCGCAGAUUAAUCCAGAGGCUCGCAGCAGACUGGUUAGCUGGCUCAUAGCUGUGCAAAGACAACUGAAGCUCUCCUUUGAAUCAUGCUGUCUGGCUGUUAAUAUUAUGGACCGCUUUCUGAUCACAACUUCGGUAGCUACUGACUGCUUCCAGUUACUUGGCGUGACAUCUUUACUGAUUGCGACAAAACAAGUUGAAGUAAACGUUCCUCGUGUCAGAGAACUCCUCUUGCUUUGCUGUAAUUCCUUCACCAGACAACAGCUAUAUAAUCUUGAAUGCCUAAUUCUUUUAAGACUGAAUUUUAGGCUGGCUGCACCUACCCUUGCUUUCUUUCUUGACUAUUUCACCAGUCGUACCAUUCACGAAUAUCAAUCCUGUGGAGCCGGAGCUGCUAAGAAUCAGAAUUUCAACGAGAAGUGGAAAUGUCUGUCUUGCAAAGUCUGUGAAAUGAGUUUGGCAGAUUAUACAUUCAACAAGUAUAUACCCUCUGUGAUUGUGCAGUGUGCUAUAAAGUUGGCAAAAGAUUUGCUCAAGACACAAUCAAAGGAACGGACAGACAGCAAUAAUGCAUCAUCGAAGACAUUUGAUUCUUUUUCUUUUGAAGAUUACCCACUACAUACCUGUGAGAAUCAGGUUUUAUUUCAGCAAUGCACAGAUGAGUUGAAAUUGAUGGUUUUUCUUAAUCAAGAAGCAGUCCAGGAAUUCAUAUCACUAUAAACUUGUUGUUACUCAGUCUAUUAGCAUCAGAAAAUGGAUGGUGCCUAAAGGGUUAAAGUGGGCCACUUUCCUGCACAGUUUAACUGCAACUCUUAUCAAACACACCUGGAUGUAAUUUCACAAUAAUGCAGAACAUUUCAUUUAAAGCAAAUUAGUACAUUGACAAAUAUGUCAAAGGUCAGUUGU